UAUCGGCUCGCGUAUCAAGGCGUACGUCGAUCUGUCCGGCAUUCUGGAGCUCGGAGGAUCCGUCCCGCGAAGCCUCUGUAGGCACCCCGUAAUCUAUUUCCAUCCCUCUCCCUCUCUCUUCGUCUGUCGAAUGCACCGCUCCUCUGUCCCAUAGCCACAUAAUAUAUUCUCGAAAUGCAAUUACCAGUCGGGAUUAUGUGCUCGUCGUUCACCUGACAGGUGUCCGUUCGUCCUUUGCUCGACUCUGCAGGUUCUAAGCGUGGGUAAUUAAACUGCAACGUUAUAGACGCGGACCGCCUGCCUGCGUUGCUCUGCUGAUAAACGACCGGCUUAUGGUAGUCGGAAACUUUCUUAUUUACAUGCUUUGUUUUGUUGUAUUAUAUUUUCCUCAGGCUGACGUGGUGAACAGGAACAGAUUCGACAUCGAGGCCAUCUACAGGGAUCGGUGAAUCAUUGCCGAAUCACUGGUAGCUGCGUCUACACUCAAGCAACCCAUGAAGACUUCGCGGAGGAUCCUUCUUCCCACACUACGGAGUCUCUAAUUUUUUGCACCUCACCGAAUCAAGUCGUUGAAAAUUUCAACAUGCUGAAUUCAUUGCUCCUACUUUUUUCAGCUCUAAAGGCGAGGAUACUUCACUUUCAAGCCUACUCUCGGUGUAACCAGAGAACUAAUUCUGUACAACCAACACCACAAGAAAAAUUAUAUCGAUGGACGAAUAAACAAUUAUCGGCAUCCCGAAAGUAUGUUUUACAGAAGACAAGGAUAUUACUAUCGGCUUAUCAAACAUUUACCCUUUAUCAAGCACUUCGAUAUCUACGAUCCUCAGUCGUUUAUCCGCGAAGAUGUUCUGGAUAACCUUGUCGUCUGCAUGCUCGUCUACUGCCUUUUCUAUUUCGGUUUAUGGUACGCCGACAAGGUCAUCAAUCAAAUCGAGAAAGUAAACGAGAAAAUGGUCGCGGUUGUACGUGACAAUAAAACCAAAUUGGAGGACUUGAGCACCCUGAAAAAGAAGCGAUUAGAGUACGAGGAUGUGGUUGUCAAAACGAAAGGUGUGCAACGUCAGAUCGAAACAUAUCUAGAAAACGAACUGGAAAUAUUGACCGCGGAACUGACGGCGACGGAGCGGAAAAUAGGCGAUUUGGAAAAAGUGUUUGGAAAAUGCAAAUCUGUGGGAAGCGCUUUUAACACGGGAAUACCCGCUUCCGGUCCGGAAGGCGAAAUGGCGAUCGAGGACGGCCAGGCGUCAUCGGAGGAAAAACCGGAAGACGUUAAGGUAUUGGAACCGUCGUUCCCGCCCCCCUUGCCGCCCGAACCUCCGCCCCGGAAGUACGGAAUCUUCGUCGCCAGGCCACCCGGACAUCGCGUCAUUCCCGGAUAUGGACCGCCACCCCCUCCACCGCCCCCGAAAAUCGGAUUCAAGCUGCCCGGCAUCUGCUGAGCUUUCGGAAUUCGCCGCCGGAUCGGAUCAUUCGGACAGAAAAAUCGUUGAGCGGAAUAUUUGGCAGACGAGGAGAUUUGGCGAAAGUGAGGAAAAAUCGCGAAAUUUCGGAACGAAACGGCCGGUAGACGAUCGCAGUGCAGAUA